AGAAAGAAGUGAAAAAUGAGCAGCAGCGCGGGAAAGGUGGUGUGUGUAACCGGUGCUUCCGGUUAUAUAGCUUCAUGGAUCGUUAAAUUUCUUCUUCAUCGCGGUUACACUGUCAAAGCCACUGUUCGCGACACAAAUGAUCCCAAAAAGAUCCAGCACUUGCUUAACCUUGAUGGUGCUAAGGAGAGAUUGCACUUGUUUAAGGCAAAUCUUCUAGAAGAAGGUUCCUUUGACUCCGUUGUUCAAGGUUGUCAUGGUGUUUUUCAUACUGCAUCUCCCUUUUAUCAUGAUGUCAAGGACCCGCAGGUUGAAUUAUUAGAUCCAGCUGUGAAGGGAACUCUGAAUGUUCUUCAAUCAUGUGUUAAAUCGCCUUCUCUGAAACGCGUUGUUUUAACCUCUUCUACUGCUGCAGUUACAUAUAGUGGAAAGCCUCGAACUCCCGAUCUAGUAGUUGAUGAGACUUGGUUUUCAAAUCCUGAUUUGUGUAAGGAAUCAAAGAUGUGGUAUGUGCUUUCAAAGACUCUGGCUGAAGAUGCUGCCUGGAAAUUUGCGAAAGAAAACAACAUUGACAUGGUUACUAUUAACCCAGCAAUGGUAAUCGGGCCUCUCUUGCAACCAGUCCUUAACACUAGUGCUGCUUCAGUUUUAAACAUAGUUAACGGUGCACAAACAUUUCCAAAUGCUUCUGUUGGAUGGAUCAAUGUGAAAGAUGUUGCAAACGCCCAUAUUCAGGCUUAUGAGAUUGCUUCAGCUAGUGGAAGAUAUUGUUUGGUUGAGAGAGUUGUUCAUUACUCAGAAAUUGUGAAGAUUUUACGUGAUCUGUACCCGACAUUACAGCUUCCAGAGAAGUGUGCGGACGAUAAGUCGUAUGUGCCAACAUAUCAGGUUUCCAAAGAAAAGGCGAAGAGUUUGGGAAUUGAAUUUAUUCCUUUGGAAGUGAGCCUCAAGGAGACUGUUGAAAGUUUGAAAGAAAAGAAGUUUACCAAGUUUUAAUUUGUUAUAUCUCCUGGUGGAGUAAAUAUUUAUAAUCUGAACCUUGUUUAGUGGGAGGCGUGGUUUCUGAUGCUCAUGCUUGUGAAGGAAUUUACUACGAAAUAAGGCUUUAAAUAAAUCAAAACUAGUCAGUCAUGGUUUGGUUUGUA